CAAGUCGUCUCCACUGUGAACGACAGUUGCCUCAACCAAACUACCAGCUUCUCCAAUGCCACCGCUGACGGUCCAAAUGUCUCUGACGCACUGAGCCUUCAGUUCAGUAUUUGGUUAAUUGUGCUUCUGAGUUUGACCUCACUCUUUGCCAUUUGGUUUAUUCUCUGCGGACUUUUCCGUCGCGCUGACGCCUACCGAACGCCAAACGCAGGACUUAGCGGCGGAGGGUGUGCUUUCGGAGAUUUGGACGGCGCGGCAUUCGGAGAGGGUGGAAGGAGUGGAAGCCUUUUCGGUGGCAUGAACUUCGACGGAGAUGUAUAG